AAACAACUCCAGUUAGCAUCAUAGCUUCUUGUAACUGAAGCCUCUUGUUUAUUUCACAGUAAUUUAACCAUAUCAUAAUUUGAGUCGUUAAACUAUAAUAUACAUGUUUUAUUUAACCUCGAGGGUCUGAACUGCAGACUGAAUACAAACAACAUUUAAAAGAAGCUAACAGCAGCUAGCUUUGGAGUUGUUGUUAUCCUGUGAUGAUGAUUUAGCUACAAUUUAGCUACAAGCUAACAGCUGUUGGCGGCCCUCAGGAUGAUAAAGUUUGUUCUGAUGGUGAACCGGCAGGGUCAGACCCGGCUGUCCCGGUACUUCCAGCCGGUGGAGCUGAGCAGGAGAGCAGCGCUGGAGGCAGACGUGGUGCGGUGCUGCCUGAGCCGCAAGAAGGACCAGUGCUCCUUCGUGGAGUACAAAGACUUUAAGCUGGUGUACCGUCAGUACGCUGCUCUGUACAUCGUGGUGGGAGUCACAGACAGCGAGAACGAGCUGUCCGUCUACGAGCUGGUUCAUAACUUUGUGGAGGUUUUGGAUAAAUACUUCAGCCGAGUGAGCGAACUGGACAUCAUGUUUAACUUGGACCGAGUCCACAUCAUCCUGGACGAGAUGAUCCAGAACGGACACGUGGUCGAGACCAACAAGAGCCGCGUCCUCGCGCCGCUCACUGCUCUCGACAAGAUGGGUGACUGAGGCGCGACAGGAAGUGAUGUCACUGGGUGGAUUUUAUAAUGUCAAGUGGAUUUUCAUAAAAGACUUGAAAGGAAUCGAACCGGCAACUUUGUGACCUUUAAAGCUGCGGAAGUUUGAUCCAAUGCAAAUGAAUAAGGAGCAAUACGUUGUGAAUGAAUCUGCUGCUUUAUGACCCAAACGCAUGGAUGGGUUUCAAGGAUUUAUUUACUUAUAUUUUAAUAAAUAAGUUUAUUA